CAGGCGUUGGCUAUUCCAGCCAGAGCUGUCUGAGGCGACGAGCCAGCCCGCGCGGGCGCAGACACUGCCGGGGUCUGGCUGGGGGUCGGGGAGGUGGGCUGCCUGGCUCCAGGGCCCCUGAGGAGGGAGAGAAGGCCUCGGGCCGAAGGAAGCCAGGCUUUCCCGGCUCUCCUGGGCACCAGGACCUCUGGGGCCCCCAGGCUUCCCCGCUGCUAGCUGGGCCCCAACGGGGCCUCUUGCUUUGAGAUCCCCUUCGGGGCCCCAGUUCCUUGGGGCUCAGCCAGACCAGCCCCUCCUUUUACAGAGGAGGAAACUGAGGCCCAGAGCAGGCAGGGCCUCGCUGGGGCCCCUUUGCCUGGCUCUGGGCUGGGCAGAGCGAGAGGGGCAGGGCCUGGGCGGCCUCCUCUCCCUCCUGGCCGGCCGGCCGGCUGCCACAUCACUUCCCAGGUGAGGCGGUGGGCCAGGGCUGGCCGGAGCCCCAGACAGCCCCCUCCCUCUCUCCGGCCCGAGGCGAGGGCGGGCUGCGCCUCUCCAAGCCAGCCAGCCACCUCCCCCUCUGGCCCCCGGCCAGCCUCACAGCCAGCCCCCAGCGCCGCCUCUCCUGCUCCUGCUCUCUCCCCGCUCCUCGCUGGCUCUCUCCGGCCGGGAAAACAACUGCUCCGUCCCUGCCAGGAGGCAGCCGCAGGCCGCGAUCGAGCCCCGCGCGGCUCCCCAGCCCGCCGGCCGCUUCCCCCUUCUCCUCCCGCUCCGGGCCAAGCCGGCCGGCCCCCUCCCUCCCUCCCGCGCCUCCUGCGCUCGCCCGCUCUCCUCCCUCCCUCCCGCGCCCGGCGGGACCCCAUGCCCUGGGCCUGCGGCGCCCCCCUCCCCCCGGCGGCCCAAAUGCCCCCCUCCGGGCUCCUGGCCCUGCUGCUGCUGCUGGGCCUGGGCGGAGGGGUGCUGGGGGGCCCGGCGGGGGAGCGGGGCCCCGGGGGCGGGGGGGCCCUGGCCCGGGAGCGCUUCAAGGUGGUCUUCGCCCCCGUCAUCUGCAAGAGGACCUGCCUGAAGGGCCAGUGCCGGGACAGCUGCCAGCAGGGGAGCAACAUGACCCUGAUCGGGGAGAACGGCCACAGCACCGACACGCUCACCGGCUCCGGCUUCCGAGUGGUGGUGUGCCCCCUGCCCUGCAUGAACGGGGGCCAGUGCUCCUCCCGAAACCACUGCCUCUGCCCCCCGGACUUCACGGGCCGGUUCUGCCAGGUGCCCGCGGGUGGCGCGGGGACGGGCCUGGGCCGAGGGGGCGCCCUGGGCGGCCCCCCGCCCCCCGCCCCCGACGGGGAGCCCGUGGCCAGCAAGCACGCCAUCUACGCCGUCCAGGUGAUCGCGGACCCCCCCGGGGCCGGGGAGCAGCCGCCGGCCCAGCACGCCGCCUUCCUGGUGCCGCUGGGGCCCAGCCAGAUCUCGGCCGAAGAGGAGGAAACUGAGGCUGAGAGAGAGGGACUUGCGCCAGGUUUCCUCGGUAUGCAGGCGCCGCCGCCCCUGGUGAACGUGAGGGUUCACCAUCCCCCAGAAGCCUCUGUCCAGGUGCACCGAAUCGAAGGGCUGAGCGCCGAAGGCCCCGCGCCCCCCCAGCACCUCCUCCCCCACCCCAAGACCCCCCACCCCCGGCCUCCCACCCAGAAGCCCCUGGGCCGAUGCUUCCAGGACACCCUCCCCAAGCAGGCCUGUGGCAGUAACCCGCUUCCAGGGCUGACCAAGCAAGAGGAUUGCUGCGGGAGCAUUGGCACAGCUUGGGGUCAGAACAAAUGUCACAAGUGUCCCCAGCUGCAGUACACCGGAGUGCAGAAGCCGGGCCCGGUGCGGGGGGAGCUGGGGGGCGACUGCCCCCAGGGCUACAAGAGGCUCAACAGCACCCACUGCCAGGACAUCAAUGAGUGUGCCAUGCCGGGCAUGUGUCGUCACGGAGACUGCCUCAAUAGCCCAGGCUCCUACCGCUGUGUCUGCCCGCCUGGCCACAGCCUCGGCCCCUCUCGAACCCAGUGCCUAGCCGAGAAGCCGGAGGAGAAAAGUCUCUGCUUCCGCCUGGUCAGCCCUGACCUGCAGUGUCAGCACCCGCUCACCACCCACCUGACCCGCCAGAUGUGCUGCUGCAGCGUGGGCAAGGCCUGGGGGGCCCGCUGCCAGCGGUGCCCUGCCGAUGGAACCGCGGCUUUCAAAGAGAUCUGCCCAGCCGGGAAAGGCUACCACAUCCUGACCUCGCACCAGACGCUCACCAUCCAGGGAGAGAGUGACUUCUCCCUGUUCCUGCACCCAGAUGGCCCCCCCAAAUCCCAGCAGCUCCCGGAGAGCCCCAGCAGGGCUCCCCCGCAGGAGGACCCGGAGGAGGAGAAAGGGGCCACCACAGACUCUAUGGAUUCCGAGGAGCGCCCGGCCCAGCAGGGCCCGGUCUCGGUCACCACGCAGCCGCCGGUGCGCCUGUACCCCGAGCUGUUUUCCCGGCCCACCCCGCCAGCUGUGCGCAGAAUCCCCCCUGAUCUGCUCCCUUCCCGGAGCGCGGUGGAAAUCGCCCCCACCCAGGUCACAGAAACCGACGAGUGCCGGCUGAACCGCAACCUGUGCGGCCACGGGGAGUGCGUGUCCGGGCCCUCGGGCUACUCCUGCCAGUGCUAUACGGGCUACCGGCCCCAUCCGCAGCAGCUCUACUGCGUGGAUGUGAACGAGUGUGAGACCGAGCCCUGCGGAGUCGGGAAGGGCGUCUGCAUGAACACUGGCGGCUCCUACAACUGUCACUGCAACCGGGGUUACCGGCUGCAGGUCACGCCCAGCGGCCGCUCCUGCGUGGACCUCAAUGAGUGCGUGAAGCCCCACCUGUGCGGGGACGGAGGCUUCUGCAUCAACUUCCCCGGGAACUACAAGUGCAGCUGCUACCCGGGCUAUCGGCCCAAGCCGUCCCGGCAGCCACUUUGCGAAGACAUCGAUGAGUGCCGGGACCCCAGCUCAUGCCCAGACAGCAAAUGCGAGAACAAACCCGGCAGCUUCAAGUGCAUCGCAUGCCAGCCUGGAUACCGGAGUCAGGGGGGCGGGGCCUGCCGGGACGUGGAUGAAUGCGCCGAGGGCAGCCCCUGCCAGCCCGGCUGGUGUGAAAACCUCCCAGGCUCCUUUCGUUGCACAUGUGCCCAGGGCUAUGCACCUGCUCCAGAUGCCCGCAGCUGCCUGGAUGUGGACGAGUGUGAAGCCGGGAAUGUGUGUGAGCAUGGUGUGUGUACCAACACCCCAGGCUCAUUCCAGUGCCAGUGUCUCACAGGAUACCACCUCUCCCGGGACCGGAGCCGCUGUGAGGACAUCGAUGAGUGUGACUUCCCAGCAGCCUGUAUUGGAGGUGACUGCAGCAAUACCAAUGGCUCCUACCGAUGCCUCUGUCCCGCAGGCCAUCGCCUGGUGGGUGGCAGGAAGUGCCAAGAUAUAGACGAGUGUAGCCAGGACCCAGGUCUCUGUCUCCCCCAUGGCACCUGUGAGAACGUGCACGGCUCUUACGUGUGUGUCUGUGAUGAAGGCUUCACCCCAACACAUGACCAGCAUGGCUGUGAGGAGGCAGAGCAGCCCCACAACAAGAAGGAGUGCUACCUCAACUUCGAUGACACCAUCUUCUGCGACAGCGUCCUGGCCACCAAUGUCUCCCAGCAGGAGUGCUGCUGCUCCCUGGGUGCUGGCUGGGGGGACCACUGUGAGAUCUACCCCUGCCCUGUCUACAGCUCAGCCGAAUUUCAUAGUCUCUGUCCGGAUGGGAAAGGUUAUAUCCAAGAGAGCAACGUCAUCAACUAUGGCAUUCCAGCUCACCGGGACAUCGAUGAAUGUAUGCUCUUUGGGGAGGAGAUUUGCAAGGAAGGCAAGUGCGUCAACACACAGCCAGGCUAUGAGUGUUACUGCAAACAAGGCUUCUACUAUGAUGGCAACCUGCUGGAGUGUGUGGAUGUUGAUGAGUGUCUGGAUGAGUCUAAGUGCCGGAAUGGUGUGUGUGAGAACACCCGGGGCGGCUACCGCUGCUCCUGUACCCCUCCAGCAGAGUACAACCCAGCCCAGCGCCUGUGUCUGAUCCCGGAAGAAAUGGACGUGGAUGAGUGCCAGGACCCAACAGCCUGCCAGCAUGGCCGCUGCAUUAACCUCCCCGGCUCCUUCCGCUGCGAGUGCCACCUGCCCUGGGUUCCAGGGCCCUCUGGACAGGACUGCCAGCUCCUGGAGAGCCCCGCAGACAGGCCCCAGGAGCGGCGGGAUGUGUGCUGGGGCCAGCGAGGGGACGAUGGGAUGUGCGCGGGGCCCCUGGCCGGCCCUCUCCUGCCCUAUGAGGAGUGCUGCUGCCGCCAAGGCCGGGGCUGGGGGGCCCAGUGUCGGCCCUGCCCACCCCGGGGGCCAGGACUUCAGUGCCCGAACUCCCAGAGCGAAAGUAACUCUUUUUGGGACGUGAGCCCCCUGUUCCUGGGGAAGCCCCACCGAGAAGAGGACAGUUCCGAGGAGGACUCGGACGAGUGCCGCUGCGUGAGCGGCCGCUGCGUAGCCCGCCCCGGGGGCGCGGUGUGUGAGUGUCCCGGCGGCUUCCAGCUCGACGCUUCCCGCACGCGUUGCGUGGAUAUUGACGAGUGCCGGGAGCUGAACCAGCGGGGGCUGCUGUGCAAGAGCGAGCGCUGCGUCAACACGAACGGCUCCUUCCGCUGCGCCUGCAAGGCCGGCUUCGUGCGCGUCCGGCCUCACGGGGCCUGCGUGCCCCAGCGCCGCCGCUGACCCGCCCCGGCAGUCCCGCUGCCCGGUCUUGUACAUAGCGGCCCGGGGAGGCCAGGUACGAGCCGCUCUCUGACAUCCUGCGGCGCCCGCCGAGAGACUCGUCCGGGGCCCAAAGGGACGACCUGCCUGGAGCCGGCCCCUUCGGAGGGGCAUCUGACUGUGUGGACUCGGCCUGGCAUGGUCCGCCCGGCCCCUCGCAGGGCCGGGAACCUGCACCAGGCUCUUAGGAGAUUGUAUCUUAGUAACCGGGACCGGGACCCCCGACUUCUGCCCGCCCGCCCGCCCUGGUGUUGAGGGAGCCCGCGAGCUCCAGCGAGAUAAAGUUCACCCGUGUUUACCCUU